GCCGAGGACGACAAACCCUUCCUGGCCCCCCCCAGCGGCAAAUUCAGCCGCAGCCUCUCGGUGCCGGGCUCCGACGACAUCCCCCCCCCCCCAACCACCUCCCCCCCGGAACCCCCUUACAGCACCCCCCCGGCACCCAUGGGUGCCACCGGCCGCGGCCCCGCCGGGGGGGGGCCCUGGCGCCUCUACAACCUCCAAAGCCGGGGGGGGUCCCGGCCCCGGCGGCGGCGGUGGCGGCGGGGGGGGGCCGGGGGGGGGCCCCCCCAAACCUUUACGCCGCAAGGGCCCGCUGGUGAAGCAGACGAAGGUGGAGGAAGGCGGCGGGGGGGGCGCGCCGGGGGGGGGCGAGAAAGCUCCAUCGCCAUCCCCACCAUCGUGGUCAAGGCCCCCUCCACCAGCAGCAGCGGCCGCAGCAGCCGGGGCAGCAGCGUGGAAGCCGAGGGGGCCCCCCCUGGCCCGGGGGGGGGCCAACGAAAGCGGGGUGUCCCCCCCCCUCCGCCGGGCCCCCCGCCUUCGUCUCCCGGCGCCGCCGGUGCCCCCCACCCGCCGCCGGCGGCCCCCCAGUUGGAUUUCACCUCCCAGUUCGGGGCUGCGCUGGUGGGGGCGGCCAGGCGGGAGCGCGAGUGGCCCGGGGAGGCGUCGAGGCGGCGCUCGGCGCUCUUCCUCUCCACCGAGGAAGAGGAGGAGGGCGCCGGGGGGGGCCCCGGCUCGCUGGCCGCCCCCCGCCUGCGCCACUCCAAGAGCAUCGACGAGGGGAUGUUCGCCGCCGACGCCUUCCCCCCGCGGGGGUACCGGGGGGGCAAAGGGGGGGCCGGCAGCGCCUUCAGCAGCGUGCCGGGGCACCCUGCCGCGGCACCCAUGCAUGCGGCGGCGGCGGCACCCAUGCAUGCGGCGGCGGCGGGGCUGCACCCCGGGGCCGCGCCGCUGCACGGCGGCGCGCCGGGCAUGCACGGCGCGCCCUCGCCCGUGCACGGCGCGGGCUCGCCCAUGCACGGCGCGGGCUCGCCGGUGCACCCCGGCGCGGCGCCCAUGCACGGCGCCACGGCUCCCAUGCACGGCGGCGGCGCAGCUGCAGCGCUGCGCUCGGGCGCCGGCUUGCACGCCCCGCCGGGUUGCAAGGGGCUGGCGGCGCUGCAGGCGGCCACCAUGCCGCUGCAAGCCGGGGCCGUGUCGCUGCAAGGGGGGCUGGCGCCGCUGCAGCCGGGGCUGGCGCCGCUGCAAGGCGGCGUGGCGCUGCCCUCGGGGGCGGCCUCGCUGCAGCCGGGGCUGGCGGCGUUGCAGUCGGGCUUGGGGCCGCUGCAAGCGGGCUUGGGGCCGCUGCAGCCGGGCUUGGCCUCGCUGCAGGCGGGCGCCUUGGCCUUGCAGCCGGGGCUGGCGCCGUUGCAAGCCGGCGCCCUGGCCUUGCAACCCAACCUCGCCUCGCUGCAGGCCCUGCAGGCCGGCACGCUGCCCUUGCCGGCGGGCGCCUCCAAGGCGGCGCCGUUGCAAGCGGCGCCGGCGCCGUUGCAGAGCGGGGCGCUGCAAGGCGGGGCGUUGCAAGGGGGGGCGGCGGCGGCCUUGCAAGCGGCGCCCCCUCCGCUCCCCAAAGCCGCCCCCGCCGGCCCCCCCCGGGCGGAACCCCCCCGGCGCUCCAGCCGCCCCCCGUCGCCCGCCGAGCCUUGGCUGGCGGGGGGGGGCGCCGAGGCUCGCUUGGAGCUGCGGGUGCGCUUCGCCGAGGCGGGGGGGCUGCUGGCCUUGCCCCCCCCGGCCCCCUCGGUGGACGGGGACGAGGAGCUGCUGCUGGCCGAGCCCCUGCCGCCCCCCCUGGAAUUUUCCAACAGCUUCGAGGCGGCGGAGAGCGCCGCCCCCGUGGGCGACUCGACGGCCUCCAGCCUCACCUCCUACGACAGCGAGGUGGCCACCCUCACCCAGGCGGUGGCCGAGCCCCGCCGGGGGGGGGGCGGCCUCGUCACCGCCGUGCCCCCCGAGGGGACCGAGGCGGUGACCGACUCGGGCAUCGAGGAGGUGGACAGCCGCAGCAGCAGCGACCACCCCCCCGAAAGCGCCGAGCCCCCCCCGGCCUUCGCCGCCCUCCUGGAGGGCCCCGAGCGAGCCAGGGCGAGGGGGCGCCCCCGAGGGGGGGCCGGGGCCGGGGAGGGGGGGGGGAGGAGGGGGGAGCCCCCCCCCCCACAACCCCUCUGCCGGCCCCCCCCGCCGCUCGCCCACGCUGCCCUGGGAGGAGGCCGGGCGCAGCGGCGGGGGGUGGCCCCGGGGGGGCGGCGAGGCCGGCUACGGGGCGGAGAGGAGCGGAGCGCUGGGGAGGCACAGCCAUUGCAUCUGGCACCCGUUGCACUGCAAAAGUCGUUGCACGGAUGCACAGGAUCAUUGCAGCACAGGACUCAUUGCAUCCCUGCAGCCGGCACCCAUUGCACACCAAACAUUGUUGCAUGGGCACACGGGGGUGUUGCAGCGCAGGACUCGUUGCAUCCUAGCAGCCGUUGCUGCAGUCACACAUUGCACCAUAAAAGUUGUUGCAUGGGCGUGUGGUGUCGUCUCAUCGCGGGACUCGUUGCAUUCCAGCAGCCGUUGCACACCAAAAGUUGUUGCAUGGAUGCUCAGUGUCAUUGCAGCACGGCACCCACUGCAUCCCAGUACCCAUUGCAGCACAGCACCCGUUGCAUCCCAGUACCAAUAGCAGCCAGCGUUCAUUGCAACCCAACACCCAUUGCAUCCCAGCUCCCCGACGCCACCACCCCCUCCCCACCCACCCCCAAGCCCCCCACCGCCCUCUUCCCCAACUGGCCGCCCCCCAAGCCCCCGGGGGCCGGGGGGGAGCUGGACGUGCGCCCCCCGUUACGCCGCGCCCCCAGCCCCGCCACCCUGCCCAGCGAGCGCCGCGGCAGCCCCGCGCCUCGCCCGGCCUCGCUGCCCACCCUCCCCAGCGGCCCCCUUUACGCCGGCCUCCUGGAGCUGCGGGGGGGGCCCGGCGCUUUCGGCGAGCUGCCCCCCACCCGCUCGCUCUCGCCCACCCGCCCGCCGCCCCCCGAUAAACCCUUCGGCGCCAAACCGUUGGCUUUUUGGAGUAAAUUCGACGUGGCCGACUGGCUGGAGUACCUGAACCUGGGCGAGCACCGGGACCGCUUCUUGCACAACGAGAUCGACGGCUCCCACCUGCCCUCGCUCACCAAGGAGGACUACAUCGACCUGGGCGUCACCCGCGUCGGGCACCGCAUGAACAUCGACCGCGCGCUCAAGCUCUUCCUCGAGAGGUGAUGGCCGGGGCGGCGGGGAGCGGGCAGG